UGUGUGUGUGUAGGUUAUAUUUUAUUCGCGCCACGUGAAAAAUGAAACUUUUGCGGUUUUGUACUUGGUUGCCGUGCCUCUUGGUGUUGAGCUUGUGUCUGGGCUGUGAGUGCAGCGCUCUGGGGCGGAAGAGAGACUUGAUGCGCGCGAGGGAGGCUGGGGGAGUCUCGCCCGGAGCGUGCGGCACGCGGCUGCCGCGGGGUAAGCGCUCUGUGUCCGAAACGGAGCAGCGCGUGGGCCGUCUACACACGCGUUUUAGUCAGCCCGGAGAAAGCGCGAGCAAAGCGCUCCGCCGCAACAGUGUUUAUUUCACCGGCAGAGGAGAUCAGCUGCGGCUUAAACCGAGCGUAGAGGUCCCACGCGGCAAUUUCACCCUGGAGAUGUGGAUAAAACCUGAGGGCGGUCAGCGCUCUCCAAGUGUGAUCGCAGGACUCUUUGACAAAUGCUUCUAUGCAUCCUGUGAUCGAGGCUGGUUACUAGGCAUCAGAGCAGUGAGUGAUCAAGGGAAAAGGGACCCUCGUUUCUUCUUCUCUCUCAAAACAGACCGAGCGCACAAGGUUACCACAGUCAUCUCCAAUGCGCCCUACUCCCCCAACCACUGGCACCAUCUGGCUGUCACCUACAAUGGCCUCCAUAUGAAGCUUUACCUGAAUGGCGCUCAAGUGGCUGUAAGCCGAGAGCAGUCUGGUGAGGUCUUUAGCCCCCUUACCAAAAAGUGCAAGGUGCUAAUGAUAGGUGGGAAUACUCUCAACCACAACUACAGAGGGACACAGGAGCACCUGAGCCUAUGGAAUGAAGCUCUGGCCCAACACAAGAUCAUCCAGUACAUGCAGAGCCCUCAACAUGUGCACCAUGAUAACCUUUCCCAGCUGGUCAUUUACGAGAACUUUGAAAAUGCAUCUCAGAAGUGGCUGACAGUAAAAGAUGGGAGCUUUCCCCAAGUGGGGAUUUCUGACCGCACACUUACAGCUAAUCUUGGUGGCUCUGUGGAGACUGCACUAGUUCCUCCUCCAUGUGGACAGACAAUCUGUGACAAUGUUGAGGUAGUGACAAAUUACAACCACUUAUGGACCUUCCGCAAGCCUAAGACAGUGCGUUAUAGAUUGGUUAAUGUAUAUGAUGAUGAUGGUCACUGGCCAACAGUUACAGAGCACCAGAUCAACCUCCAGCACCAGCAUCUAAACAAAGCUUUCCGCAUCUACAACAUCACCUGGGAGCACACUGUGCACAAUGUCUACAACUCCUCCUUACGCAACCGUCUGGUCCUGGCUAACUGUGACAUCAGUAAAGUGGGUGAUGAGGAGUGUGACCCAGAAUGCAACCACACACUCACUGGUUUUGAUGCAGGCUAUUGCAGGAGGCAAACCAUCAGCUGUCCUGAUCACAAAAUAGGGAACAAAGUUUGUGAUCCUGAGUGUAACUGGGAUAAUUUUAACUAUGACCAGGGUGACUGCUGUGACCCGAACAUCACUGAUGUCACAAAAACCUGCUUUAAUCCUGCAUCACACUACAGGGCUUACUUGGAUGUGAAGGAGUUGAAAGAAACUUUGCAUCUGGAUGGCUCCACACACCUGAACAUCUUUUUUGCCAAUGCCACUGAUGAAGACCUAGCAGGCGAAGCCACAUGGCCUUGGGAUAAAGAUGCCUUAACACAUUUAGGUGGGAUCGUGCUGAAUCCCUUGUUCUAUGGCACUUUUGGCCACACGCACACCAUGAUCCAUGAGAUUGGCCACAGCCUUGGACUGUACCAUGUCUUCAGGGGGAUUUCAGAAAUAGAGUCGUGCAAUGAUGCUUGUCUAGAGACAGAACCCUCAUUAGAGACUGGGGACCUGUGUGCUGAUACAAACCCCACACCGAAGUACAAAUACUGCAGAGAUCCGGAGCAUGGAAAUGACACAUGUGGCCAGCGGCUCUUCAAGCACACACCAUUUAGAAAUUAUAUGAGUUAUGCUGAUGAUGUCUGCACGAAUUCCUUUACAAUGAACCAGGUGGCUCGGAUGCACUGCUAUUUAGAUCUGGUCUACCAGUCCUGGAGGACUGAGAGUAAGCCAGCCCCAGUUCCUCUAGCUCCUCGACUGAUGAAGCAAGGGCAAGACUCUCUCACCCUGGAGUGGUUCCCUGCACUUACUGGUCAUUAUUUUGACAGAGAAGUGGGAUCCUUAUGUGACAGAUGCACUGAAGGCCGAGUGUUCCUGCAGUAUGCCUCCAACUCAUCCUCCCCAAAACCCUGUGCUUCAUCAGGACACUGGAGCCCGCGUGAGGCAGAGGGUUCACCAGAUGUGGAGCAGGUGUGUGAACCCAGUGUGCAUACCUGGAGUCCCCAUGCUGGCCUUGACUCCAGCAGUGUGGGCUCUGCUUCGUGCCCUCCACAAGGCUGCAUGCUCCACCUGAACUUCACCUAUCCACUUGUGCCAGAUUCGCUCACUGUCUGGGUCACGUUCUUCUCAGCAGAAGAGAAUGACCUGGCUGCCAUCCACAACAUCCUGCUACUGACACUGAGUGGCAACAAUGUGUCUCUGGGUCCACAGAGCAUCUUCUGUGACAUGCCACUGACAUUGAAGCUGGCUGUGGAUGAGGAAGUGUAUGGCGUUCAGUUCUUCAUAAUAGAUCAACACCUGGAGAUCGAUGCCACACUGAUAGCCUCCAAACCAGGGCAUGUACUCUGUCAGGCAUGCCAACCCCUGCAUUAUAGGCUGACACGGAGCCCACCUUUCAGUCAUGCACCUCAUGGGGUGGUGCUUAUGGAGCCCAUGAGGAGAUUUAUAGACAGGAACAUAGAGUCUGGUGAGAUGUACACCUACCAUGUGCUGACUGUUUCCAAGACAGCAGAGAGUGAGCUAUCUCCUGCUCUCAUACAUCAGCUGGGCUCACCAUACUGUGGAGACGGACUCAUCCAACAUUAUCUGGGGGAGCAGUGUGAUGACAUGAACUUUGCCAACGGAGAUGGCUGUUCCAACCAGUGUAAAAAGGAACCUUUGUUUAACUGUGUUGAUGAGCCCAGUCUUUGCUAUUUCUAUGAUGGCGAUGGUAUUUGCGAGGACUUUGAGCGGGAGAUGAGUGUGAGGGACUGUGGGCUUUAUACACCCAGUGGUUUCCUGGACCAGUGGGCCACAGGGGUGGAGGUUUCCAAUGAGCACAGAGUUCAUUGCCCUGCAGAGGUGGCUGCUGGGUAUCCUGCCGUGACAAAGAGCUGUCUGUCGAAGGUGUUUGACCUGUCUGAUGGUGGGGUGUCCCAGUAUGCCUGGUUUCCAUGUGAGGAAUCACAACAUCAGAGCUGGAACACUCAGUACAGGUUAAAGACAUACUAUUCCCACCCCAUGGUAGCUGCUGCUGUCAUUAUUCACCUGGCUGCAGAUGGGACCAUCUACAGUGAUCAGACGCAGAACAAUGUCACCGUCCAACUGGUGGACACCAAGGAGCAGCUCCACAAUCUUGGCGAAUGGCGGCUGAGUUGCAGGAACAACCCUCUUGUGAUCCCGGUGAUUCAUGACCUGAGCACGGCUUUCUACAGGACCAAGGCUAUUGUGGUCAGCUUCCACUCAGCACUGGUGGCCAUUUCUGGAGUGGGUCUGCGUUCCUUUCAGUAUUUUGACCCCAUCACAAUUAGUGGUUGCCAAAGCAAUGAGAUCUACAACCCAAUGGGCCAAAGUUGUGUGCAUUACUCAUGUGACACUAUUGACUGCCAGAAGCCUAUGGUGCAUAAUGCAGAGAUGAAGUGUAGUAGUCCAGGUUACUUCAAUGGUGUCCGUUGUACAGUCACCUGCAACCAUGGAUACACUCUCAAAAUCCACAGAGAUGACGAAAUUAUCAAAACACAGUCGGACUCUAUGGCCACCCUCACUUGUGCUGAUGGGAAAUGGAACAAACAGGUGUCCUGUGAGCCAGUGGACUGUGGACGUCCAGACAAGUACCACGUGCACCCAGCUAACUUCAGCUUCACUGAGGGCACCACCUUUGGCAAGAAGUGCACUUUCCAGUGUAUACAUCCAGCGCAGCUAUUAGGCAGCAAUAACGUGCUGACAUGUAUGGAGGAUGGCAUGUGGUCCUUCCCAGAGGCUAUGUGUGAGCUGCGCUGUCCCAUGCCUCCUUCCAUCCCCAACGCUAUCCUGCAAACCAAACGCUGCAGUGCCAGUGGUCUCAAAGUUGGCUCUUUCUGCAAGUACAAGUGCAAGCCGGGCUAUCAUGUGCUUAGUGCUGACAACCCCAAAAGACGGUCAUUCACACGACAGUGUACAGAGAACGGUACCUGGCAACUAGGCAUGUGUGUGCCAGUGAUGUGCGAGCCACCACCACCAGUCUUCCACGGCAGCUACCAGUGUACUAAUGGCUUCCAGUUCAAUAGCGAGUGCUGGCUGAGCUGUCCUGAGGCCAGUGGCAACACAUGCAUCCUCACAGUUAUUGACCGGUUCUCCAAGACAAUUCAUUCACUCCACCCUAGCAUCCAAGAGGCAACCUCCACCACUGUGAUCCGCUGUAGAAAGGAUGGGAACUGGACUGGCUCUUUCCGGCUCUGUCCACAGCUAAAAAGCCAGUGCUCCCUCCCUCAGAACCUAAGCCUGGACAUCAACCUCAGCUGCAACAGGGGGCAUGGCAUUGGAGAGCAAUGUGAGCUGACGUGCAGAGAUGCAGGUAGCAGUGUGGUGCUCCUCCCCAGGAAUAUUACUGUGGAGAUGUUGGUGAAAGACCACUGGAGAAACCCACCCAGAGUUAAGAGUAUUGUAUGCACAAUAGUACUGAAGUGGUAUCCAAACCCAGAUAUUCUCCACUGCAUCAAAGAUUGUGAGCCUUUCAUGGGUGAUAACUACUGUGAUGCCAUCAACAACCGAGCGUUCUGUAACUACGAUGGUGGAGACUGCUGUCAUUCGACUGUCAAAACGAAAAUGGUGAUUCCAUUCCCCAUGUCUUGUGACACCCGAGAAGACUGUGCAUGUCGAGACCCCAAUGCACAGGAGAACAAUAAAGGGAUUCAACACCAUACACUAGGCUGAGGCUGGGCCACUGGAGGUCCUUCUGGUACCCAACGGGGGGGACAAUAAAACAGAACCUUUCUCUCUCCAUGCUGCUUACAAGAGGGCCAUUCCACUCCUGCUGUACCCUGACAUGCCUGCCGAUGAGCCCUUGCCCAUUAUGGUAUGCUGCUCAACAUGCAAACAACACACUACAAUAUAUAAUGCUAAAUAGGAUCCAAUUAUGGAUUGAAAGUGGAGUGCUUUAGGUAUCAGCUUAAUAAAAAAAUAAACAACCAGAGACAUCAGUAGAAGCUGGACACAAGCCUGAACUUGACAGUUUUAGUCUUUUGUGUUCCCUAGUCAUUAUUUUAAGGAAGAACUGCAGCAAAGUGUUUUAGAAGGCAAAACUGAGAACACCUUUUCAUGCUUUUGUUUUGUUAAGACAAACCAUUCAUUAUUAAUGUGAUCAACAAAAAGCAGGAAAGGAAGGAUGAGGCAUUCUUGGAUAUUCCACUUCAGAGAUCACUUCAGCUAUUCAUAAGCAUUCUCCUGCCUAUGUCCUUCAGUUUCCCACUGAUGUGUUUAACAACAGAUGGUCUGCUAUUACAUAGGAAAAGUAAAAUCCUCUUGUGGUGAUUUCAUAGCACCUCCUAAGGCAUUUUGACAAAUGUUCAAGAGCUAAAAGCAGUACUGAGCUAUGUGAAACAUAGGAAACAUGAGGUGUGUCUAUGAUCUAUUGGAAGAUGAGGGAAGCAAUAAAUCAGCAAAAGAAACCUACAAAUCACCAAGAAAUAUGCACACCUGAAUCUGAAAAGUAUCACUUAUUUUAUUGGAUGAAUGACACUCUCAAGAGACUUAUUCAAUGAAAUACAGCCCUAGAACUGUAUGUAAUUGAGAGCAAGGGAUCAAGAAUAAGGGGGGAAGGAGAUAAAGAAGGGAUAAAAUGGAGAUAGACAGAAAGCAUAGCUGUUGCUGCUGGAGUUUCAGCUUGAGCCAUGCAGGACCAUCUUAUAGUUUGCUGUCCAUCUCCUGCCAUAAUGCAGGUAGAGUUAUUUUAGAAAGCGUACACAACUGACAGUUUGUUACAUAAUCAGACUUCAUGACUUGCAUAUAAGAAUUCUGGGCUUUAUAUAUUUGGCCUUCUCACAACAUAUUCAGUAAAACAUUAUUUUUAACACCAAAAAUCCAGUACAGUCAUAGCAAGCAUAAUUUACGAAAUUGUAGCCAAAUUAAAACUUGCAUGGUCAGCUUGUCGGAGAGCUGCGAUGAGACCUGUUGCCUAAUAGUGUUGUGCUGAGACAUGCUAACAGUUCUAACAUUUGAAUUUAGGUAUAUGCAAUAUGUAAAUCCUUUUUCAACACUAUAGUUGCAGCUUAUUUGAACUUUAUUUGACUUGGCUUGUUAAAAGCUGAUCAUUACUCAAUAAUGAUAAUGCCAUCAGUAGUCAUUAUCCCACCCUGACUAGAGUAGAGCUAAUUUGACAGAUUUCCGAGGUGAGCUUUUGAUAAAAACUCAAUAGAAUGUGUUAAAGUAGACCAGUAAAACAGAAAGACUGUCAUGCAGACACCCGAUACAUCUGAAUCCUGAGCUAACUAGAAUUAGCAUAAGUACCCUAUGAAACCAGUGAAGGAAUGUAUAUCACCCUUUGCUUGGCACAAAUGUAACCCUCAGACUUUCCACGCUAACUAGUCACAAUAGUAGACGUUAGCAAAUUACAGAGGCAGUUACAAUAAACAAAAGUUACAUAAAAGAGAACUGCUGGGUUUCAGCAUUAAACAUUGCUUUAUCAUGUCUACAGAAACUUUUUUUGUAAGGAUGCACAUUCUCAUUCAUUAUUAACCUCUUAAGGACAGAGUCACAGUGGCUCUGGAUCCUGGCCCAGGAACACUGGACAUGUGAAACUGGGGCAGUUUAGCAUAGCCAAUCCACCUAACAUCAUGUUUUUGGAAGGUAGGAGGAGACCAGAGAACCUGGAGGAAACCCAUGCAGACAUGGGGAAAACAUGCAGAAACUCCACACGGACAGUAACCCAAGUUUAAGAUUGAACCAGGGAUCCUGGAUUUGGGACUAAUGGCUACAGUGAUUAAUGCUGUACUACAACAACAUAAUAAUAAUGAUGAUAACCUGGUGACUUGUCCAGGGUGUAUCCUGCCUCUCGCCCAUAGUCAGCUGGGAUAGGCUCCAGCUUGCCUGCAACCCUGUAAAACAGGAUAAGAGGCUACAGAUAAUGGAUGGAUGGAUCUUGUUAUUGAUGUGAUUUUUUUUUUUGCAAUACUUACAGCAGUAACCUCACAGACUUUUCAGUUCAUGUCUACGCAUGAAAAAAAAAAAUCUAAAAUGCAGGUAGGUUGUAUCUCAUGAAUAUUUUUAAUCAUAGAAUUCCCUCUAAUGUGCAUUAUCAGUAUAAGCAGCGUACUUAAGAAAUUUUCAUUCAGAGGUGAGUUGAGAAUAUGAUUUCAGGUUUUAAUAACAUCUUUUUCCAAGAGAUUGUAUAUAAUGCAUUAUCCUUAAUAUUUAGAUUAGUAUAUAGCUACAUUACAAUCAGUAAUAUCUUGUAACCCCAUCUUGUAACCCCAUAUGUACUUUCCAUCCAUGCAUGUGCACACUCACAAUAUGACCUCAUCCAGCUACAGAAUACUAUAGACACAUUUAUCUUACACAGUGUCCAUGAACCCUGCCCCACACACUCUCACUGUGGCUUCCUCUUGUGCAUCUGUUACUGAUAAUGUGGGAAGGCAAUAGAUGUUGAUACAUACUGUAUCCUCCAUGAUUAUUGGUAUCCCUUGUGAAUAGUAGUGAAAAGGGUUAGAAAAAGUAUAACUUUUGGUGAAGUAGCUUCAUCUCAAACUGAGAAAAAUGAGGAAAAACCCAACUUUUAAUUGAAAUAAAUUUAUUCAGAGAAAAACAAAUCUCUCAUCAAGAAAUAAUAAUUUUCAACAAACAACACUGUAGCUGCAAAAAAUGCAAGGCUGCACAUUCAGCAGAGACUGGCUGUGGCAGUUCAACAUGUGAUCUCAGCAAAUCACGUUUUUAUGGAAUUAUUUGGAAGCAAUUGUGACCACAGGAAAGAUGGGAUAGAUGGUCUUGGGAUAGAUGUAGUAUGCAGAUUAUGAUGUCUUUGGACUUGAUGGUGCAUUCUUAAACUGUAUCAUCUGUUUUUUUCACUGACCUCAGUUACUGCACGUGUUUGUAAAA